GGACACUCGGGUGUAAAUCAAUUGGGUGGUGUAUUUGUGAAUGGAAGACCAUUACCUGAUUCAACUCGUCAAAGAAUUGUCGAACUAGCUCAUAGCGGAGCUCGACCUUGUGACAUUUCCCGGAUACUCCAAGUUUCCAACGGAUGUGUUAGUAAAAUCCUCGGACGUUAUUAUGAAACUGGGUCCAUCAGACCACGUGCAAUAGGAGGAAGCAAACCUCGUGUAGCGACUGGAGACGUGUGUUCUAAAGUUGCCCAAUAUAAAAGAGAAUGUCCUUCAAUAUUUGCCUGGGAAAUUCGUGAUCGACUUUUGGCUGAUGGCGUCUGCAAUCAAGAAACUAUUCCAAGUGUCUCAUCCAUCAAUCGAGUUCUACGAAAUCUUACAUGUGAUAAUCAGAAGAUAAUGGGUCAAGGGUCAAUGUAUGAUAAAUUAGGAUUAUUAAACGGACAAAGUUGGCCUCGACCCAAUCCUUGGUACUCUACUGGUAUGUCUAUGGGCGGUUUAGGCCAUCCUGGUGGUUAUCCUACUCCAACUCAUCCUAACAACGAAAAUGGCGGCGGGGGAUCGCCCGGAAGUCCUAGUGAUGGACCGAAGAAUGGUGAGACGGAUGAACAAAUGAGAAUGAGACUAAAACGAAAAUUACAGAGAAACAGAACAUCAUUCACCGCUUCACAAAUAGAAUCUUUAGAAAAAGAAUUUGAACGAACCCAUUAUCCAGACGUUUUUGCCAGAGAACGUUUAGCUCAAAAAAUAGAUUUACCGGAAGCCCGCAUCCAAGUGUGGUUUUCAAAUAGGAGAGCAAAAUGGAGACGUGAGGAAAAAUUACGCAGUCAAAGACGAGAAGUUGUCAAUGGAGCUACCAGAUUACCCAUCAACAGUAGUUUUACUAAUAAUAUGUACCCUUCCAUUCAUCAACCCAUAGCUUCCAUGACAGAAACAUAUAGUUCCAUUCCGCAAGUUCCUAGUUAUUCAUUCUCAAACUCUUUUGCAACCAAUCCAGCAUGCCUUCAAUCAUCUAGUUCCGGUUCCUAUUCGUGUAUGCUGCCAGAUUACUCGUCUCGCAAUUAUGAUGCUUUAUCACUCAGCAACUAUUCUCGACCAACAUGUAACCCUAGCAACAGUCACAUGCCCAGUCAUAUGAAUAGCAAUUCUGCCUCAACUGGUAAGUCCUAG